AUUCAACAAUACCGUCACGUCGAAAAUAAAAUUAAAAAAUCAAGACGCGACUUUUUUUUUUUUUUGUUGUUUCUUUUUUUUCUUUAUUUUUUUUUUUUUCAUUCAUAUACAUAACAUACAGCAUGGAAAAGACAGAGGACAUGAUGGUUGAUGAUACACCCAUGGACACAACUGAAGAAAAUUAUACCGACGAUGAAUUAACAAUGAAAGCAAGACAAGAAUGGAUUACACAAUUUCGUUUGAAGUUUUGUGCCCACGAUGACCCUGAUCCUAGUAAAAAUGUUAUUCAUCCUGACGGCAGUUUAAACCAAGAUUACUUUCGUCCACCCAAGGACGCAAAGAUAGAAGAGGCUCGUAAAUGGGGAGAGGCCGAAAAAGCACUCUUGAUUGAAGGUAUUGAAAAGCAUGGUAUUGGACAUUUUGGUGAAAUAUCCAAAGAAUCACUACCAAAAUGGUCAACAAAUGAUUUACGUGUGAAAUGUAUCCGAUUAAUCGGACGUCAAAAUCUGCAAUUAUACCGUGAUUGGAAGGGGAAUGCUGAGGAUAUUACACGAGAAUAUGAAGCUAAUAAGAAAAUUGGGCUCGAAUAUGGAUCCUGGAAGCAAGGUGUGUUGGUCUACGAUGAUGCGGGUAAUGUGGAGAAAGCAUUAUUAGAACAUCACAAAGAGAUGGAAAAAAGAAAAAAAAAUUAAAAAAAAAAAAAAAAAAAUUCAUGUUUCUGUAAAUAAGCCACCUCCUAAGCACACACGCACACACACACACACAUACACACACAUAUAUUAUAUAUACACGCUUCUCUUUUUUUUCCCUUUUACUU